AUGUUCGUGCAGGAUAGGGAAUUCUUGGUGACAGUCACUGUAAAAAAGAUUGGUGAUAGGUGGCGGUACAAUGCAUGCAAGAAAUGCACCCGCACAACUGUGGCUCAUGGGGAUUCCUACAAGUGCAGCGAUCAAGUUUGCGCUACCAUUGGCAUGCCCAACCAAAGGUACAAACUGCUUCUCACUGCAGGGGAUGAGACGGGUGACACAGACUUCAUCCUCUUUGGCCGGAUGGCGCAACGCAUCAUCAAGAAGCCAUGUGAUAUGCUCAUUGCCAACAAUCUGAUCGGCUUUAUUCCUGAUCCAAUCACAGAUCUGCUCGAGAAGACGUAUAUAUGGAAUGUGAGUUUCUCUGACCACACAAUCAAUACUGGAAAUAUUUGUUUCCAGGUCAACACAGUCGUGGCAGAGAUAGGUACUACAAAGGACUCCAUCCAGGCAUCUUCAUCGGGGCCAAAAAAGUCACAACUUGUGCUAUUGCAAGGCGCACCCAGUGGCAUUGAAGACACUCCUAGCAAAGCCUCUAACUUGGUCAUGCCUUUGACCCCGCUCACACCACAAAGUUCCGCAACCAGUGUGCAAGAUAAGACUAUUGGUAUUGGCAGCAGCGCUGUGGUUCCAGGUGCUACUCCCGCUAUAACAAAGGAACUGACAACCACGCCUAGGAAGAGAUUUUAG